CUGCUGCCAAUCAAUAGACAUCAGCAAGGAAAGGGGAGAGGAGCGUGGAAGUGUGUCACGCCUCCUCUCGCAUCUUCCCGCGGCCGCCAAAGUGUCUGCAAGCGGAGAGGAAGAAGGGAUGAGGAGGCAAACUGCGGGGAGGACGGACGCGGGCCACUUACACGCAUCCAGACUAAGCGGCCGUGCAUGGGCCCCGAGCCCCGUGAGUCCCCUGGGAUGGCGUGCGGUGCUUGUUACUACCUGGUCAUCAGCUCCACGCACCUCAGCAAUGGGCACUUCCGGCGCGUCAAGGGGGUCUUCAGGGGGCCACUGUGCACCACAGCAGCGUGUGUUUCACCGGAGCGCGCCGAGCGAGCUUUGGGUUGCUCAGCGGAGGAUCUGAAGUCUCUUUUCUACUGCGAGCUGUGUGACAAGCAGUACCUGCGACACCAGGAGUUUGACAACCACAUCAACUCCUACGACCACGCGCACAAGCAGAGGCUGAAGGAACUCAAGCAGCGGGAGUUUGCUCGCAACGUAGCCUCAAAGUCAUGGAAGGACCAACGCAAGCAGGAGAAGGCUCUCAGACGCCUGCACCAGCAGGCACAGCUGCAGCAGGAGAGGCAGCGAAUCCAAGGAAGGACAUACGAGCUAAAAAGUGCUGUGAGGCUGGUUAGCCAGCAGCUGCAGCAUCAUAAGCAUCAAGAUAGAGGCAUGGAACACAAAGCCUGCAGCCCAGCGGACAAAUGUGAAGCAUUCAAACACACACAGAGGCCCCCAGCCAAACAAGGCAGUACAUCUCUACUGAGCCACCAACGAGUAAAUCCUUGCCGGCCUCCCUCCCAAAUACCGCUGGCCGCUCCAACUGAGUCUCGGCUAAUCACUCACCCAGAGUCCAAUACAGACCGUCCUGCAGUGAAUCAGCAGCCUCUUGCGGGAUGCCAGCUGCCUUUGGAGGGGCGGGGGCGAGCCGGAGGCAGGCGUGGGGUGUCCUUCUGUUUCUCGCGUAGGGGUCCUCGGCUGGAGCCCUCCGCCUCCGUCUUCUCUGACCAGGAAGAGGAGGAGAGAGAGAGGAGGGAGCAAAUGAAACAGCGGAUCAAGGGAAUACUAGAGGAUCUAGACAGGGAAAUUGAUAGUGUUGGACAAAGCAAAAUGGGAGCUAAAGAAGGCACUGAAAUAAGGGACAUGGUGAAAGAUAAUCACAGUAAUGAUGGGAGUCAUGCUGAUAAGCAGGAAUUAGGAGUCGGUGAAAGUGUGCACACGUCCGUCUUAAGUAAAGAUGGCGCCACCUGUGUUCCAUGGCCUGUCGGUUUACUUCAAUUCACCAAGUCUCAGCCGUGCAUCUCUUACAGCUGCAACCCAAACUGUAUUAAGUUAGCCCAAACACCGACAGAAGAAGAACAUGCACAAAAUCUGCAUCAACCGGAUGCAUCAAACUCAUGCGAGUCUGCUAUUCUUACACCUGACACUCAUUACUGUUUACAAAAAGAGGAAAGGCUCGCACGCAAAGCGAAAGAAGCUGAGGAGAAUGUAAAAGAAGAAGCACACCUGUUUGUUGAGAACAAAAAGCUUUCAUCAUCGGGGGAAGGAUCAGAAGGAGCGUCACACAUGCUAAGUAUAGAGCAUCGUGUGAAGGCAGCCUCCUUUCCAUUUGACCCCACUCAUAGUGACAGCUCUAACACAAAAACUCAGACUCCUCCGGGAGACAGAUUAGUAGGCGCAACAGGGAUCGGGGAGAGAGCCAUCACAGCCCUAAGCUGUAAAUUAGAAUCUGUCACCAAGCUUGACACACACGGGAUAUUCAUCAGACCGUCCAGGUGUGAGAACGAGAGUGAGACCAUGUCGGAGCGUGCCAGCGCUCCUCAUUUACACGGUUGUAUCGUACGCAAAAAGAGCAAAAGUAAAAGAAUCAUAAAGAAGCUAGGGAAGAGAAAGAGGGGGGGAAAGGACACAAAUAGGCAACAAUCAGUAAGGUGUAAAGUAAGGAGUGUAGUCUCUGCGGUCUUCAAUGGCAGUGACAGACGAGCGGAGAAUGGAGGGAGGUGUGGGGAGGAAAGGGAGGUUUGGUUGGAAAGAGGAAGGGUAUGGAGAGCUGGGAGCAGCUGUCUCCCGGGGAGAUCUGAGGCCGAGCCAGUUUACGUGUCUGUUAGUAAUAGGAGGCCUCACAGGAGCCACAGCUUGGGAUCGCAGCGCCUGGCAAGCGGAGACCAAGGUGAACGCCGCCACGUCUCCUCCCAGUUCUCCAGAGGUACGCCUGGCGUGGAGUGGGAGGCGGCUCUCCGGAGAUCUCACUGCUCCUUACACUCUUUCUCCCCAGGAUGCAACUCAAAGCUGUUUUGGGAAUCAGGUCACCAUAGCAACCCCAGGAGUUUCAUUGACUGCAGUUACCCUGACAACAGCUGUGGUAGCAGCCCGCAAAGAAAGAGAAAACUCCUCCACGGGGACAGAACAUUCAUUCACAGUAACCGAAAUAGUUGGGGACGCUUUGAAGAGACAGACAGGGGAAGGCGGGUUGGUUCCAAAGACGGAGAUUUGUUCUCAGACUCAGAACAGUGGGAGUGUCAUGGGGAUGAGUCUAGAUGGGGAUGGAGAAACAGAGCUUUUGGGUGGGAUUGGGGCAACAGGGCCAGCCCAAGUCCAAGCAGCGGGCACAGGACAGGCAGGAGGUUAAGCACAGAAGACAUGGAUUGGGAUAGGUGGACAUUAGGCAGCAGUGACAGCUGGGAAGACCGGCGGACACGCAGGUCCACCUCAGGCUCCAGGACAGGACCUGACAGCAGAUGGAGCCCCAGCUGUAAGUGGGGGUCUUCCCGCUCCCACUUUAGGUACUUUUCCAGUCCUGAAUGGUGGACAAGCAGGCGGACAUACAGCCCAGAUAAAAAGUCCAGUCACAGUUCCCGCUCCUGCAGCCCAUGUAGCAGCAUCAACGUCUCUGAGCUGAGCUGGGACUGGAGCAAGAGCAGCACAUGUUUAGAAAUGACUUGUGGGAUGUCCCCCGUCUCAUCCCAGUUACCAAAGAAGGCAAGGAUGCGCAGUGGCUCCAAAUAUCCCUCCCAAAACUCAGUAUCAGCUCUGAUCCCAGACCCCAACACCCACCACAGUGACAGCAAUAUGUCCCAGUUGGAAGACAAUCAUGGUGGAAGUUCUGUCUCCGUGACCACAGACACAAUCAUCCCAUGCCAAAGUAAUCCUGUACCCCAGAAACCAAUAAAGACGUUGCUUCUCCCCCUCAUUGGGAAACUCCCUGCAAUCCAGAGAAAGGCUCGAAGGAGAAGAGAACAGUUGGAGAGGAGUCAGGAAAAGGAUUGUGAGGACAUGUUAAAUCAGAAAUUGGACAUUGGACAUCCUAUUGGCUUGGCAAGCAGUAUGCCAAAUAUGUGUGCAGUGGAGAUCAGGACUGAAGGCAAGGACACGGGUAGAGAGCCCGCUACGCCAAUCAGCUUUACUGCAGAGGAGAUGGACAAGUAUCGCCUCUUGCAGGAGCAAGCUAGGGAGCACAUGCAGAAAGUUCUGGAACAAAGUGAGGAGAAGGCAGAGGUUCGCGUGAACUUGACAUGCACCACCCAGGUGGACGACAGUGGGACUUCAGAGGAAAGGUGCAUACCUGCAUCCUCCCUCAAGCUUCCACAUAAUCAUCAUCACUCGAUACAAACAUGUCCGGUCCUCCAAGAGAGGCUCCUGCACAUCAACCCACAGGAGGACUUGAUCCAGCAUUUAGCUGUGGGUGUCCCCAACCUUCCCCACCUUGCAUUGACUCCGCCUUUAGCCAGCCUCCAUCAUUUUCUUUUGCAGCACGCCAACUUCUCACACGCAACCUCCCCUUCUGACAUCCACCCAGCUCAGCUCACUCACUCCCUGGGCUUCCCUCAUCACCUUCAGCCUUCUGCCUUCCCGCUCUCUUCACUGUUUCCCUCCAUCCUUCUUGCUCAUCACCCCAUCCCUCUCCUCCCUCCUCUUCCUCCUCCUCCAGCGGCCGCCUUUCCCGCAAACCAUCUCUCCACACUUGUGCCGCAGCCUUUCAUGGACAGAGCAUGGCCACUGAGGUUCCAACAGAAAGCCUUGUGACGUCCACAUUAGACGUCUGUAGCAACGAAGAGCAUGCUUUUGGUAAUGGAGCUACAGUAUGUUGUCAGAAUCGACACACGCAGAAAGCCCGCCUGUUGACGGUUUUCAAUUCAAAAUAUGUUUCAUUCAUUUAUCCCCUGCUGCGCCGUGACACAAAAUGACUUUGAUCAUUUGCUUAUUUGACGAUUCGAGCUCAUAAUAAAGAGAAAGGUGCACCUGCUAUAC